AUGACGUAUCCGAUUCCAUCUUCGGAUCGUCGUCAAUUUCUUAAAGAUUUUCUCGAAGAUGUCGUUCGAACCUUAAACAAUCCGAAUUUCGAAACUGUUCGGUACAUAUUUCCAAAUGCAAGUUUCGACCAAAUGGUUGAAUUAUAUAGGCAAAAAGAUUUAUUGGCUCGAGAUUUUUAUGUGGCUGAAAAUGAUUUAAGAAUUUGUCGUGAAAUUUUAAGCUUUGAUAAUAUUCAACAUUUUUCUAAAACCUUAAAGAUCGCGACCGAUCUUCAAGUUGUUUGUGAUUCUUUGAAACGUUGGAAGUGUACUAAAAAAUUUGUCAUGGAAUUUACUAUGAAUUUUUCUCAUGCUUUAAUGGGUUAUUGGGCAAGACAUUAUCAAUUGAUGAAUCCGGAUGUUGAUAAUUGGGAUUGGGUAGUCUUGCCUUAUUAUACACCAAAACGUACAUUACAAGAUACAAAUAAUAAUCUUUAUCAUUUAAAGAAAUCUAUGGAACAAAAAUUAAAAGAUUGUAUAAAUAACAAAGAAGAAGAAAUUAUAAACUGGUAUUCAAAAAGAUUGCGCGUUGUAGGAUUUUCACCAAAAACACCAGAUUCAAUUCAACAAUUACCAUUUACUUUUAGAAGAUUCACUAAUGAUGAACCAACAAUAGUGACCACGGAUGAUGAGG